GCAAAUAGUCCUACUCAAAAAGAUAAAAUCUGUCCUGUCCUCUCUUGGGCUCUCGGGUAGGGUGGAUAGUACUGACUGCCCAAAACAAGGUACUAUUUAGGACCUACUCAAUUCAUUAUCGACGGGUAAAAACGAAGCUAAAAACAGAGCUCUAAAAUCGCAUGGGAUGUUCGGCUCUCUGUUUUCCUGGAAAUCCCAUUUGGAUUUGAACUGAGCUGCAAACUUCAGUUUCCUGUUGGUCUCUAACAAUCGCUGUUGCAUCCACUCAUGGAUUUCCUUUCUUCAAUUUUUCUACUUAUGCUUUUUACCUGUUCUCUCUCCAACUUCUCUGCUGAAAGCCGGAAGGACUUGAGGGACAAGGAGGUUCACCGGGAAUUGGGGCAUUCGGUUCAAUCCAACACAAUUGACCCAUCACGAGUUAUACAACUUUUAUGGCGGCCAAGGUCAGGGUCUUUCACUAUAGUGGCUUUCUAUCAGAUGAGGAGUGUGACCACCUGAUUUCUUUGGGUCAUGGAGCAAAAGAUGGAAUUCUGAGGAUCAAUGAUGAUCAACUUAGUGUAGGGACAAAUAGGCAGCUUACAAGUUCAGAAACGUUGCUGAAUACCGAAGAUAGAGUUCUUGCAAUGAUUGAGGAAAGAAUUUCAGCUUGGACAUUCCUUCCUAAAGAGAAUGCUAAGCCUCUAGAUGUUUGGCGCUAUGGACUUGAGGAGACUGAACAAAACUUGGAUUAUUUUGGCAAUAAAUCCACACUGGCUUUAAGCGAAUCUUUGAUGGCAACUGUGGUUUUGUAUCUUUCAAAUGUUACUAUGGGUGGUGAGAUUCUUUUCCCCCGCGCAGAGCCAAAGAGCAAGAUGUGGUCAGAUUGUACAAAGACCAGCAAUAUCCUAAAACCUGUUAAGGGAAAUGCCCUUCUGUUUUUCACUACUCGCCUCAAUGCAUCUCCUGACGCUAGAAGUUUACACGCCAGAUGCCCUGUUCUGGAAGGAGAAAUGUGGUGCGCCACCAAAUUCUUCUACCUCAGGGCUGUUGAUGGAGAAAAGGUCUCAUUUCAAUCUGAUGGAGAUGAAUGUAUCGAUGAAGAUGCUAGUUGUCCUCGGUGGGCUGCUCUUGGGGAAUGCCAGAGGAAUCCUGUUUUCAUGGUUGGUUCUCCUGAUUACUACGGUACAUGUAGGAAGAGUUGUAAUGCUUGCUGAAAAGGAAACUCACAUAUGAUUGGAUUCUAUUGUUCUAAUAAUUACCAGUAUAUGUAGUUUUUCUUAGUAAUUACUUGUAAUCUGUCUCCGGAUCAUUUCGAUUGCUUCAAAAUAGAGAGUUGAUCAAUUUUAAGGAACUAUUAUUUCUCUCGACUAGAAAGAUUUACAAACUAAUUCCAAAUCAUUUUAGGGUUCAUCUUCAUAAUCAAACUUGCGCACUAGCACUUCAAUAAUUUGAAAAAAAAUGAGCAAAUAAGCAAGCAUCGGAACUCGUAAUCAAAUAGAAUGAUUCUUAUUGCAAAUUUUAUCAGUUUGGCUGACGGUAUCAAACUAGAUUAUUGGCCAGUUCCAAAAUUUUUUGACUUACAGAGCAAAACUACAGCUCAAGAUGAGAGCAGGAAAGCUGAAAAGAGAAGUCUAUAAAGCAAUUAUGGAAAUGGGUUACAGUCAAAAUCAUGGGAUUCCCCU